UCAGCCAAAAGCCAAGAGAAAGUGCACACAACUCUAUAUUUACUGUUCUUCAGAUUACAUUUAGAAAGAUUGCAUAUAAAGGCAGGUCAAGAUCGGAAUGAUCCAUCGAAUAAUUUACAAUUAAUAAAAAACUUGAAACACUGUUCUGAUCUGCAAACACAAAUUCUCAACUUUGUGGACAAUCUGGAGUCCUCGUAUAAUAUUGCACUUCUGAUUAUUGUUGGAGUAAAUAUCUUGACAGUAGUGCUCACUGGGAUGACAGCGAUAAUUAAAAAAUCUCACCCAAAUGAGAUGUCCAGGAUGGCAUUCGUCAGUGCAGGCGCCCUUUGUCAUCUCUUUUGGAUCAGCUGGAUGGGGCAUGCCCUCCAAAUACAGAGUGAAAAAGUCUUCUUAUCAGCUUAUCAAAGUCGAUGGUACGACAUGCCUUGGCGAUUGCAGCUGAUGAUUAUUCCCAUCAUGAUGAGAAGUUUAAGACCUUGUCAAUUAACAGCAGGAAGAGUCUACAUAAUGUCCAUGGAAAGCUUUGGGAACGCUUUGAGAUUAAUGAUGUCUAUCUUCACGGUUUUUAAUUCAAUGCGAUGAAUGUUUAUUGACAAUUGACUCAUGGAUAUUUAGGGUGCAUUGGAACAAUCGUUACUUCUAUAGUAAAUAGAGGUAUCAAUCUUGCAAUACAUUCA